GGGCUCGCUCAGCCGCGCGGAGCCGGCAGCCUCGCCCCGCGGCGCUGACCGCCCUGCGGCCCGAGGGGAGCCCGGGUAGGACCCCCUCCCCGGUCAUUUCUCCGCCUGGACAGCCGCCCCGGAGAGAUAUGCUCAGUCCAAACCGCGUGGAAGUGUCUCCUGGGAUUGCCUUGGCCCCCGGGCGCGCGGAGUGCGGAGCCUUCCCUCGGACGGCGGGCGCGGCCCCGCGGAUUUACCUGCCCUUCGUGCUCAUCCUGCUGGCCCUGACGCCCCGCGCCGACUCCUCGUGGUGGUACAUUGGGGCCCUGGGCGCAAGGGUGAUCUGCGACAACAUUCCUGGGCUGGUCAACAAGCAGCGCCAGCUGUGCCAGAGGUACCCCGACAUCAUGCAGUCCGUCGGGGAGGGAGCCAAGGAGUGGAUCCGGGAAUGCCAGCACCAGUUCCGGCACCACCGCUGGAACUGCAGCACUCUGGAUAGAGACCACACCGUCUUCGGCAGAGUCAUGCUGCGAAGCAGCAGGGAGGCCGCCUUUGUCUACGCCAUCUCCUCAGCAGGAGUGGUCUAUGCCAUCACCCGAGCCUGCAGCCAAGGGGACCUGAAAGCCUGCAGCUGCGACCCUCUCAAGAGGGGCCGAUCCAAGGAUGAGCGUGGGGAGUUCGACUGGGGUGGCUGCAGCGACAACAUCAACUACGGGAUCAGGUUUGCCAAAGCCUUUGUGGAUGCCAAGGAGAAGAAAGUGAAAGAUGCCCGGGCACUGAUGAACUUGCACAACAACCGCUGUGGGAGGAUGGCUGUCAAGCGUUUCCUGAAGCUGGAGUGCAAAUGCCAUGGAGUCAGUGGCUCCUGCACACUAAGGACUUGCUGGCUGGCAAUGUCAGAUUUUCGGAAAACAGGGGAUUAUCUACGGAAGAAAUACAACGGGGCCAUCCAAGUGACAAUGAACCAAGAUGGUACUGGCUUUACUCUGGCCAACAAGAACUUUAGGAAGCCCACAAAAACAGACCUGGUGUAUUUUGAGAACUCACCUGAUUAUUGCGUGAUGGACAAGUCAGCAGGCUCCCUGGGGACUGCAGGUCGUGUAUGCAACAAGAUGUCCCGCGGGACAGACGGCUGUGAAGUGAUGUGCUGUGGGCGGGGGUACGACACCACUCGCGUCACCCGCAUUACCAAGUGUGAGUGCAAGUUCCACUGGUGCUGCGCUGUGCGCUGCAAGGAGUGCGAGGACACUGUGGACGUGCACACGUGUAAAGCACCGAAACGGGCUGAGUGGUUAGACCAAACCUGAGGACUCGGGAACAACACAGGGAAGAAUCAACUGCAACCCCCCUCCCGUCAAUUUUUAAAAAACCUGUGCCCUGUGGGCCAUGGCAUUCUGGGAGUUGUAGUUCAACUGCAUGGCUUUUAUUUAAUUAAUUCUGCAAAGCACUAAAGAAAGGACUACAUUUCCCAGGAGGUACUGUAGACCCUUCUAUUUGCUCAGCAAAACUAAUCUCUUACCUAGGAGGAGUCUGCAAUCCUUGCUUAAACUGUGAAACUUCCUUUGCCCAUUGUUAUCUUUGCAAAGGGACAUGCAACUGAUACGAACUUAGAGGACUGAUCACUGGAACGCAACAACUGAGGAAUACUGCAUCUGCCCAAGAAUUUGUUGCAGUAAAGUUUCACCAGCAAAAACCUGUAGUUCAAAAUAAGAUACUCUUGUAGAAAGCACUCUUGCUUUUACUUUUUUGCAAGGCCAUAGGAAGGGUGUUGCAAAUCCUUAAGAAAGUUCCAGGAUCUCAAUGUUUCUCUCGAGCAGACCUGGCAUACUAUACCCCAGCUGCACUACUGACACCAGCUGAACAAGAGCAACUUCUGCACAGAAGCUUCCCCUCAUUCCCCCAGUGAAAAUGACAGGUGGCAUUGUAAACUCUCAACUGAAACCUGAAUAACUGCAGAAAGACAAAAGCUAUCCAUACAUGUUCACAGUAAUCAGAGGGCUAGAGAAAGCAAUCUGUGAGCUACCUGGCAGGUUCUGAAGUCAGUGGAUACAACAGCAUCUCUCUGUAAAACUCACUUGUAUGUUCUGUAUACUGCCUAUUAUUUUAAGACAAAAGUUAUUAUAAACCUAUAUCAGAAAA